CACCAAUCCAUUUAUUUCAACCGAUAAUGAUGGUGGUGCCGCGAAGUGGAAGAUUCCACACGAGGCUGUAUACCCAAGUCUACAGACCUCUUCGUCCUCUCAUACGCAGCGUGUCCUCUUCCAUGACAUCUAUUCUAUAUGCAGUGCCAACUGCUGCCUCUAUCGCUUCCUAUAGCACUCACAAUCCUGGAUCAUUCGAGACCCUUGCUCGCACUUUCUCCGCCAUCGAAGUGAGCUUUAUCGCGUUUGGCUGAGCCCCAUCUGCCUAUCUAACGCUUUAACUCUCUGCUCCAGGAGGUGAAGAACUCGCGAGUCUCUGGUGUUCAGCUAUUGGCCGACGGAUAUCGGCAUUUAUUGGCCACUCCGACGCCUCAAGAGCUGGCCAGCGCAUUAUACCUCACAUCGUCACAACUGGCGCCGCCCUACGAGGGAGUAGAGCUCCGUUUCGGAGCAAAGAGCUUCGUCCGGUUCUUGAAGCAAUUGGAGACGGAGCAGGACGGAGAUUUAGACUCGAGACAAACGCUCGAGAAGCUGCUGGCCACAUAUCCAGACUACGGACAGGCCACGCAGGCUCUACUGGAAAGCAGACGCGUUGAAGUGCCGGCGAGCGAACAGAGUGGAGAGCCACUGAGUAUCCAGUCGGUUCAUGAGCAGUUAAUGGCUAUUGCAACGGACGAAGGAGCUGGUGGAGUCACGAGAAAGCAACAACUCGCACUGAAACUACUCCAGCAAUGCAGAUGCUCUGAGGAGCGGAUUUUUCUCGUUCGUAUGCUGGCGCAUCAAAAUCUGCGCAUUGGAAUGGGAGAAAAGUCAAUUCUGUCGGCUCUUGCAAUGGCUAGUAUUCCGUCGACUGGUGAAGAUCCAGCAUCAGAAUUGGAGAAGCAAUGGAUCGACUGCGUUACGCUUGCCUACGCUCAGCAUCCCAAUUACGGCGUGCUGGCCGAGUUAGUGCAUGCGAGUCAACAGGAAAAAGACAUUGCUCGACGGAUUACAUGGCUACACGAUGAAGCCCGACCGACGACGGGUGUACCAGUGCUGACAAUGUCUGCUUAUCCAGUGUCCAGUGUCGCGGCGGUGCUGGAUCGAGUGGGCAAGUCGACGAGCCGCACCGCCACAUGCGAAUACAAAUACGAUGGCGCACGCGUCCAAGUGCAUUUGUCACUGUCAGGCAGCAACUGCAGCGUACGCACUAUCGGGCGGAUCUUCAGUCGCAAUAUGGAAGACGUCACAGAGAGAUAUUCGUCGCUCUUGGGCAUCCUGGAGAAACGUGUGACAGCUCGCAAUGCAACAACACCAAUCUCACCCUCUGUGACCUCGUUUAUAGUGGAGGGAGAAGUGGUUGCGUUGGACCGCGAAACAGGCUCGUUCCUCCCGUUUCAAGUGCUGCAGACGAAAACUACGACCGAGUUUUGUUUGUUUCUCUUCGAUCUGCUUGCUAUCGAUGACAAGAACCUUCUACAUAAACCGCUUCGCAAACGACGAGCCUUGCUACAAAUUCUGAUUGAGGAGGAGCCUGGAUACGUCGAGUUUGUGAAGCAUGUCGACAUCAGUUUGACAUCCAAUAAUGCGAUGUCUACGUAUAGUGAAGAUGAUAAAGAAGCUGCAGUUGUUCGCAACUGUCUUGAACAAGCUGUGGCAAGCGGCUGCGAAGGUUUAAUGAUCAAGGCACUGGAUGACGAAGAGUCUGAGUAUAAAGCUGGCAGACGAUCAUACUCGUGGAUGAAGCUCAAACACGAUUACUUGUCGGAUGAAUCGACCACAAGGACUUCAUCGAAAAAGAAGUCAACUGCGAGCGCUAGUGGAAAUGGCAACUUCCUCGCAGACACGCUGGAUCUGGUCCCUAUCGGUGCGUUUUACGGUAAAGGUCGGCGUGCGGGAGUGUUCGGAUCUUUUCUCAUGGCGACGUACAACUCAGUCAGCGGCAAAUUCGAGACGAUCGGAAAGGUUGGCACGGGAUUCUCGGAUGCCCAACUAUCUGAGGUAGCAGCACGUCUUCAGAACCAAGCCCUGCCCGAGACAGAUCAAGUGCCAGAACAGUACCAAUGCAUUGCGAUUCGAAGUCGCCAUCCUGAUGUUUGGCUCGCACCGGAGGAAGUUUGGGAGAUCAAAGCCACGCAACUGACAGAAUCCCCAUCAUACGCUUGCGGUGCUGGCAUAGCAACCACGCCUCGAAAAGGUCUAGCACUUCGAUUUCCGCGCUUCAUUCGCUAUCGACCUGACAAGAAACCUCUGCAAGCAACAGACAGUGAACAAGCCCAGCAACUCUUCCAACAGCAACAGAUUCCACACUAGACGGUGGAAAAUGGAUAUUUCAUUUAUCCAUAUUUUCAGGAAGUUUUUCUCUGCUGUCAAAUGUAUUAUCGAAGCCAACUGAUGACAGCAAAGCAUUUGCGCCUUAAACAUUCUCAUCUUGGAUGGGCGAGUACUCACGUUGUCUCUGGUAACGCGUGUACAGCGUGACAAGCACAAAGACACCAGCAAAGAGACCAGCGAUGCCAAGACACCACAUGAGAAUCAGAUUGCCGAUGGGAGUGACGAGAGCUUCCUGGCGCUUCACACGUGACGGUCUGGAGGCAGCAAGCAGGUGAGCGGCACCACCAAAAUCGCACGUCGCGCCCUCCUUUCUGUGCGUGUGCCAGUACUCGUUAAACGCCCAGUCACAGCGUUCCUCGAGCGUGUCGAAGCGGUUCUCCAAGCCCGUGCAGUCCACCUUCUUGUCAGGAUUCCCAC